CUAUUCUCUAGUUUCACAAUAUAAUAGCUAUAAUUUUAGAUUAUCUAACAAAGAUUUAAUGGACUGUGUGUUUGAUUUUCGUUUGAAAUGGUUUAUUUUAAAAAAAAAAUUAAGAUGGUUUGAAUCCCGUUCUAGCGAAUGUAUGGGCUUUCAAAUAUCGAAUCUCUAGAAACGAAGAAAAAAAAAGAAGUUGAAGCUAAGAAUUGCUCUCCGGAAAACAUAUAAAUGUAUUCAACUGCACAUAAAUGUACUGUUCAGUUUUUAUUAAAACUCUGAAUGGUGACGGACUGCACUGCAUCGCUGUUAAUGGUAACCAAAAUCUUUACAUAUACUUACGUAUCUAUAUGUUUUUGUUACUAUUAGAAUCAUACCACAGUUGUCCCGCAUUUGUCCCGUUCGUUACCAUUCGAACUUUUAGGGCUGUUCUUGAAUAAUGCAUCCUAUUGACUUAAGUUUGGUCAACCAGAUGUUUUUCUUUUACAUUGUUAUGACCGGUACCUACCUUUGUUGAGAUAUUAGAAUUGGACCAAAAUAUUUUUAAAUAUAGAAGUUUAUAAUCUUAAUUCUCAAAAAUAUCUCAUAUUAUUUCAAACUGCAUUGAUAGAAUACAAGACUAUAUUCACUUAACUUUUUUCAUUCUCUUAAUCUAGUUGGAAAGGUCCUUAUAGUGCUAACUGUGAAGUGAAAACUUGGAUCCUCAUGUUGUAAUUUACAGUUUCCUGCAUUUUUUUGGGAAUCUAUUCAUGUCCCAAACGUCGAUGACAGGUUCCCAAUAGAGACACAUGGCUUGUGGUAAAAUAAAAAUAUAGUUUUAUAUUUGUCUUUCUCUUGGAUCUCCUAUAUAAACACUAGUUAAUUAACAUUUAUACUUCAUCAUCACCAUUUGCAUGAUUUGAUCUCAUAACUCAUUUCUGAGAACAUUUUCGUAGCUAAGGUCAAAAAUAAGCGAUGACCAUCACUUCAAGCUUUCUAUGUUUGUUGAUCCUUCUUUUGUUUUGCCUCUCGUGUGGAUAUUCCCUUCAUGGAGAUAAGAAUGAAAAGUCAAGUGUUAACGUUGUUUCAAAUGCAAAGCAUGUUGAUGGUUAUGAUGCAAUGAAGAAGGCGAGAGUACAAGGAAGAAGUGGAGAAGAGUUUAGUAAGGAGACGACAAAGAUGAAGAUAAAUCCGAAGAAGCCAAUAGAGAAGGAGACAGGUGUUGAGGAAGAGGAUGAUCUCGUUGCCUACACUGCUGAUUACUGGAAACCAAGGCACCAUCCUCCCAAAAACAACUGACGAGAUUUAUCUUAUAUUUAUAUAAAAGACCCAACAAAAUGAUCCUCCCUAUUAAAUAUUAAUCAAAUAUCAGUAUAAGAUAUUAUACAUACAUAUAUAUGGGUAAUUUGUAAUUUUGUGAGCUGUGUUUGUAAUAUCGUUAUAUUCAUUAUAUAUAUAGAAAUGUGGUAUAUGUAUAACCAAGUGGUGUUAUCUCAAUGGUUUCAUUUUGUCAUUGGUGGAUGUUGUCACAAACACACAUAAAACUUGCUUGUAGUAAAAAAAUGAUUGAAUAUUUGCAGAGUUCCAAGUUUUGUUGUAAUCUUUUCUUCGAUACAUUGUAUAUAAUAGACUUCUUACAUCCGAAAAUCGUCAGAGGAAACCAAAACAAAAAAAAAUGAUGGGGAUUGGUACACAAAAAAUGAAUCAAACAUUGACAAGAUAUGUUCUUACAUCAAGAACAACAACCUUACAAGAUGUCACAGUCAAGAACAGGCUCAGACUCUUGAGUCCCAUCCCAGAAAACUGAAGUAACAAAAAUAAGCCUAACACAUGAAGCUUGAUUAGUUAUAUACCCUUUUCCCCAUUUGAACCCAUUCAUCAACACUACUGUACAAUGCAGAUUUGGACCACGGGGUUUACCUUCAGAAGAACUUCAACAAGACAAUACGGCUUUAGACUCGAGAAGCAAAACCACCAAUGACAGCUUUGUGUUU